CAUUCCCGAGUUGAUAAUUGAGGAGGGGCUGCACGUAUGAUGUAAACAAGUCGAAAGAAGCCAGGCAAGAAAUUUUGCAGACUGUAGUGAACAACAUGUUAGACUUUGCGAUAUUUGCGGUGACAUUUUUGGUGGCUUUGGUUGCAGCCAUUAUUUAUCUCUAUCCUAGUUCUGGCAAGAGAACAACAGUUCCUGGUCUUGAUCCAAUAACAAAAGAAGAUGGUAAUUUGAGUGAUAUUGAAAGAGCAGGAAGCUUACAUGAGUUUUUACUGGAUCUACACAAACAGUUUGGUGAUAUCACAUCAUUCUGGAUGGGAAGAGAACUGGUUAUUAGUAUAGCUUCACCUGAACUCUUCAAACAACAACAAACCAUCUUCGACAGACCUCCCUCAUUAUGUAAAUUAUUCGAACCGCUUUUUACAAAUGAGUCAAUACAGUUUUCAAAUGGAAGUGAUGGUAGAAGCAGACGGCAAGAUUAUGAUAAAGGUUUCAGUCAUGAUGAACUGAACAGUUUCUAUGACGAUAUGAAUAAGGUUGCGAGUGAUCUGACAAAAACUCUAGAGAGCAAGGUCAAGGAUGAACAUUUAUCUUUAAAUCAGUACAUGUUUGCUUUCGCUUUUAAAAUUGUGAUGACGUCAUUGAUGGGAAAAGGUGUGAUGAAUGAAAAAGAAAUCUUGGAUUUUAAAAGUAAUUAUGAUCAUGCUUGGUCUGAAAUGGAACAAAGACUGGCUGAUCCAAACAUUCCAGAUGAUGACAGUCAACGUGGAAAGGCCUUUAACAGAGUUUUAAAGCAUUUGAAAGAUAGUGUGACUAAAAUAAUGAGAUAUAGAAAAAAACAUGGAAGUAAAUCCGAAGAAUAUCUGUUAAUAGAUAGAAUUAUGGAUCAUACUGAAAAUGACGACACUGUAUAUGCUGACAUUCUCACUUAUCUUGUUGGCGGUUUCCAUACCACUGGAAAUUUAUUAACAUGGGCGUUUUAUUUUCUGGCCACACAUAAAGAGGUUGAAAAGAAACUUGUAAAAGAAAUAAAACAAGUUCUAGGUGAUGAUGAUAUUGAUCAGGAAAAUUCUACAAAAUUAAAAUAUACAAGACAAGUUCUAGAUGAAACAUUACGCUGUGCUGUUGUUGCUCCAUGGGCUGCUCGUUUUCAAGAUUUUGAUUCUGAACUGGGUGGACAUAAAAUACCCAAAAAUACCCCAGUAAUACAUGCAUUAGGUGUGAUGUUACAUGAUGAAAAAUACUGGCCAUUACCUAACAAGUUUGACCCAGAUCGUUUUAACGAAGAGAACAUCAAAAACAGACCAAAUCUCGCAUUUUCACCAUUUGGGUUUGCUGGCAAACGGAUUUGCCCUGGAAAUAAAUUUGCAUAUAUGGAGGCAACUAUUUGUUUGGUUUCCCUUAUAAGGAAAUUUGAAUUUACGCUAGUUGAUGGUCAAGUAGUUCAGCCCAAGUAUGGUUUGGUUGGUCAUCCUGAAGACGAUAUUUGGGUUACAUUAUCCAAGCGGAAAUAAUUAAGAAUAUAAUCUCCUAGCUUCGAUUCAUUUAUUGGUGGUGCUGGCCUGUUUACAGAGGAUGACAAAUUGUCAAUUGAAUACAUAAUGUAGAGUUUAUGGAUUUAAUUUGAACAUUUAAUUAUAGUUAUGGAUUAUUAUUUAUAUCAAAGCUUAUUAUAGAUAAAAUGAUGCAAUUAUAGAUUUAAAAAAUACGUUUUGUAUAUUUUUUUACUUUACUAGUUUGCUUUGAAUAAAUAAUAUCAUGACUCAUGCUGGCAUUACACAAUGGGUUCUUUGGGUUGUAUUCCUAAUUGUUUUCAAAUUUGAGUGAAGUCUGUGUCACUACAGACCUGGGACUGUACAGUGCAGUGGACGCUUACGGCUAGCCCCCGGAUCCAUUCACUUUUUUUUUUAAUUGUCUGUAUGUUUGUGUUUUCCUGAGUAUGAUGUCCUGUCCGGUAUUUGUUUUUGUGUAAAUUUUGUGUGGUGCAGUCCCCCUGCACUUACUAUUAUAAUCUGCCUUUUAUAGCCGCAAAAAUUCAUUCUCAGCUAGUCGCAGACUAGUAAUUAUUUGCCUAUUGACUUCUAUCUCAAAUUCAUGCCAUUUAUUGGCCUCUAACAUUUUUCUGAUCCGUUAAAUGGAUUUCAUUUUCAUAACCACAAAGAUCCGAAUUAUCUGAUAAAAUUAAGAAGGGUGUUCACCAUUAAGAUAUUUUUCUCCGCAUGGUCAACGUCAACAGUAGUCUUUAGGCUGUGACAUCAUCUUUAGUAAUUCCUGUUUCUUUACUGUCUGAUCAAUCCUCCCCAGAAUCAUGAAUAUUCAUGUGAAUUUAAUCACUAUUGUGGUUCUAGACUCAGAAUCAUGAAUAUUCAUAUGAAUUUGAACACUAUUACGGAUCUAGACCAAAAAGGUCAAGACAAAAGAAAGAGUAUUGCUGUAAGUAGAUGGACUACAUAAUCAAGGGGAAAAAAUACUGGUCUGAUACCUGAUAUACUGUGAUUACUAAUCAGUAUUAUAGAACUUAUGGAAAGCCUUCACUCAUUGGUUAACCCUUUGAGGUCUUCAUGGGCUUAAUAUAUAUGUAGGUUGUAUGUUAUUUUGAUGGCUUGUAAAUUAACUAUAAGUGCUAAUUUAAAUGUAUGUUAUAUUGUAUGUUUGUGGAUUGGUGAUGGGUAAUAAAUUGUUUUCUGUCAUGA